CCGCUGCUGCUGCUGCUGCUGCGGACCGAGCUGCUUUAGGUGGCCGCGGCGGCGGCGGCAGCGGCAGCCGAGGGAAAAUGGCGGACGGUGUGGAUCACAUAGACAUUUACGCGGAUGUGGGAGAGGAGUUCAACCAGGAAGCUGAAUAUGGUGGGCAUGAUCAGAUAGAUUUGUAUGAUGAUGUCAUCUCUCCAUCUGCAAAUAAUGGAGAUGCCCCAGAGGAUCGCGAUUACAUGGAUGCUCUCCCACCAUCUGUUGGCGAUGAUGUAGGUAAAGGAUCAGCACCCAAUGUUGUCUAUACAUAUACUGGAAAGAGAAUUGCAUUGUACAUUGGAAAUCUUACAUGGUGGACAACUGAUGAAGAUUUAACUGAAGCAGUCCAUUCUUUGGGAGUAAAUGAUAUUUUGGAGAUUAAGUUUUUUGAAAACCGUGCUAAUGGCCAGUCAAAAGGGUUUGCCCUUGUUGGUGUUGGAUCUGAAGCAUCCUCAAAAAAGUUAAUGGAUCUGUUACCUAAAAGGGAACUACAUGGUCAGAAUCCUGUUGUGACUCCUUGUAAUAAGCAGUUCCUGAGUCAAUUUGAAAUGCAAUCCAGGAAAACUACACAGUCAGGACAAAUGUCUGGGGAAGGUAAAGCUGGCCCUCCAGGAGGCAGUUCACGUGCAGCAUUUCCACAAGGUGGUAGAGGACGGGGCCGUUUUCCAGGGGCUGUUCCAGGUGGGGACAGAUUUCCUGGACCAGCUGGACCAGGAGGGCCACCCCCACCUUUCCCAGGAAAUUUGAUCAAGCAUCUUGUUAAAGGAACUCGGCCUUUGUUCCUGGAAACUAGGAUUCCAUGGCAUAUGGGGCACAGCAUAGAGGAAAUACCCAUUUUUGGCCUAAAAGCUGGACAAACUCCACCACGUCCACCCUUAGGUCCUCCAGGCCCUCCCGGCCCACCAGGCCCUCCACCUCCUGGUCAGGUUCUUCCUCCUCCAUUAGCUGGGCCUCCUAAUCGAGGUGAUCGCCCUCCACCACCAGUUCUUUUUCCAGGACAGCCUUUUGGGCAGCCUCCAUUGGGUCCACUUCCUCCUGGUCCUCCACCUCCAGUGCCAGGCUACGGCCCCCCUCCUGGUCCUCCACCUCCACAGCAGGGACCACCUCCGCCUCCAGGCCCUUUUCCACCUCGCCCACCUGGCCCUUUGGGGCCACCCCUCACACUUGCUCCUCCUCCACACCUUCCUGGACCACCUCCAGGUGCCCCCCCACCAGCUCCACACGUGAACCCAGCUUUCUUUCCCCCACCAACCAACAGCGGCAUGCCAACAUCAGACAGCCGGGGUCCACCACCCACAGACCCAUAUGGCCGACCUCCUCCAUAUGAUAGAGGCGACUAUGGGCCCCCUGGAAGAGAAAUGGAUGCUGCAAGAACGCCAUUAAGUGAAGCAGAGUUUGAAGAAAUCAUGAAUAGAAACAGGGCGAUUUCAAGCAGUGCCAUUUCAAGAGCUGUGUCUGAUGCCAGUGCUGGUGAUUAUGGGAGUGCUAUUGAGACAUUGGUAACUGCUAUUUCCUUAAUUAAACAAUCCAAAGUAUCUGCUGAUGAUCGUUGCAAAGUGCUUAUUAGUUCCUUGCAGGAUUGCCUUCAUGGAAUUGAGUCCAAAUCAUAUGGUUCUGGAUCAAGAAGACGUGAACGAUCAAGAGAGAGGGACCACAGUAGAUCCAGAGAAAAGAGCAGACGUCACAAAUCCCGUAGUAGAGAUCGUCAUGAUGAUUAUUAUAGAGAGAGAAGCAGAGAACGAGAAAGACAUCGGGAUCGUGACCGAGACCGUGAUAGAGAACGUGAUAGAGAGCGAGAAUAUCGCCACCGUUAAGAGAAGCUGAAGGAAGAGGAACACCUUGCAAGACAAGAAACAUUCUUCAUGGGGGAAAAUGACGCUUGUCCAGCAGUUUGCUUCUUGUGAUUGAACUGAACCUGUAAGGAUUCAUGGAUAAAAUGAACAGGAAUAGAUCUGAAUAAAGCAAAUCUGCAUAAAUGGUAACCAGUAGCUCUACUUUUACUUUUUAUGUUGCUUAACUGUUUUAUUUGAAGGAAACCUGUGUGAUUUAAAAGUUAUAGCUUUUGCAACUUUAUUACUGGUUAUAUACAUUUGGCCAUUAUAAUGUGCAAGCAAUUGGAAAAAGUCAAGUAAAUGCUUGUUUUUAUAGUAGUUUGUUCUUGUUAAAAUGUUCAUAUGAUAAUGUCUGUAAACAGCACCACUUUGAUUACAAUAGAUGUAGUGUUGUAAUAAACUGUUUAAUGGGGCUGAUGUGUAAAGCUGUUCAAGUUAUUUGAUGUUUACACCUCAGGGAAAGUCUUGUGUUCAGCAAUAUUUGAAGAUAAUGUUAUUAUGACAACAUUUAUACUGUCCUUUAAAAAAAAAGCAUCGCAAUAGUUUUUGGAUAUGCAUCAACCUAAUCUUGCGUUCAGUGGAUUAAACAUACUAAUUAAGUGUCUCUUGCACUUGAUUUUGAUAUUAGAAUAGGUAAUUACAUGGAGUAUUUAAUAUUUCUAUAUCCUGCUUUUCUAGCUCUUUUUACCUAGUUGGCUUGUGAAUUUACUAAAUGGUAUGUAAAAUUGUAAAACUGCAGUUUGACUAACAUUGUGAUCCAAGUAAUCCAGUCUAUGUUAGGGGUCAAAAAUCUUUGGGUUCAACAUCUGUAUUAUUUGCCAUGGUAUGCAACUUAAUUAUAACACGAAUGUAUAAAGGAACAUUUCAUUGUAAACCAUUAGCAUUGAAGAAACAUCUUGGCAAUUGAGGUGCUGCCAUUGUUUGCAGAUUAUAUCUGAAAAGGUGCUUUUGGUGUAUUUUGAAGCCAUAGAGAGUAUGUAUACAGCUGUGCACCAGAUAAGUGUGAGUAAAGAGAGCCUUAGUUUUGAUCUUUCAAAUAAUGUGGAUUUUUCACGAACAUCUUUUCUUAAGAUAGUAGAUUUUAUUCUCACCUUUUUCUGUUAAUAUGUAUAUCCUCCCUUUAUUUAAAAAAAAAAAAAAUUGAUCUUUGUAUUCAUGCAACUGUUGGUUCAUGCUACAAGAUUCAUCAUCUGAGGUUUUUGCAAGCCUACUUUUUAAAAAAAUGUUAUGUGAUUAAGGUAUGUUUUUAAAGCAACUGGCUUGCAUGGCCUAUCAGUUUUGGAAAAAGGGCAAAAAAAAAAAAAAAAAGACCUUUGUUCUGCAUUUACAGAAUGUCACUUCAAUUAGAUUUUUGUUUACGAAAAUCAUUCCCUAGUAUAUAGUAUAAAUCACAAUUUAUCCAGAAAUGUCUUUUCUUCAACAUGCCUGAGUGUUAGCUUUUGUUUUUAGCAUAAAUUUUAAAGCCUCAGAGGCUCAAUUUAAAAGAGGGACUCUCUCCAAUGACACAUAUUCUAGAUAGUUUUUACCAAGAACUUGGGUAAUGUACAGCUGCAAACCACUGGCUUUGAUUCUUUAACAUCAAAUCAUUUCCUCCCAAAUAGCCUUUUAUUUUGGGAAUUGUCCAAAUAUUUCUAAUUUUUAAAAGAGUUUUUUGGUGACUGGAAUGUUCAUGCAUGGGAUCAUUGAUGUUUGUCAAAAUUUUGCUAUCAGAAGUAAUUUUUAUAUGUUGCUUUAAUUUUGUUUAAAGUGAUGCUUCCUUUUUAAAAAAUGUAACUUGGAAGUUGUAUUAAGGUUUUGUGAUUUUUAUUUUCCUAGUUUGUGCAUAGGAGUUUCAAAUAGUUUUGAUGUUUCUUUGUUAAAAUAUCAUUCAAAAUACACAAUGGGAAUUGAUAUUCAAUGUAUACCUGUUGCAAGGGAAGUAGUUAAUAUUAAGAGAACAACUCACAGGUAAGUUAAAAGUGUCCGUAAAAAUAGAAUUUUGUCUUAAUGUUAAAUGGAAUCAGAAAGAUCAAGACAUUUUACAAGCAUUUAUGUGGAAAAUUAUACAUAUUUUAGACUUUAUUACCUGUUCAGCAAGAAAGCUUUGCUAAUAUACUACCAGUUUUCACCCCCACUUUCUCUAAUAUGACCUCUGUGCUGUGGGCAGAGUGUACCAAAACUUGUUUCAGAAUUGCUGAUUCAUUAUAUUAAGUAAUUGUUGCUGGAAAGAAGUCCAAUUUAGUUUACAGUUGAAUUGUGUCAGUUGACUCCUUUACUACCUAAUUUUUCAUGAAUGUAUGGGAUGAAUUUACCCUCUUUAAUGUUCCCUCCAUCUCCCUCUCAAAUCUAUUUAUGGCCUAGUCAGAUUAUUUUAUCAACUCUAGUGUUACUGAAAAUUGUUUUCUUGUUUUUGCAUUACUAAAAAAAAAAUCCAAAGAGGUCAGCCCUUUUAUAGACACCAAAAAAAAAAAAAAUAUUCCAGAGCCUUUCAUUGUUUCUUGAUUCAUAAUUGUAAAGAAUGUGGUUUCAAGCUUUAGUUUAAUUUGAAAAUAAUAGUGCUUGUUAAUCUUAAAUAGAAGGCUAUUGGCCAUUUUCAUUACUGUUGUAGCACCUGGAUGGUACCUUAUUUGCGUAAAUGUGGUAAAAUUUUCAGGUUUUUUUUUUUUUUUCCAAUGUCAUCAAAUUGCAAAUGCUUGUUGGCUUAUGGAAUUUAGUCAAGUAAAAUAUGUGUCAAAGGGUAACAUUCAUUUAUACUUGUAUUCCAUUCUGUGUCCUUUUUAACAAAGGUGGUUCUUAAUUAAUUGAAAUUCUGAGAACCAUUCAAAAAAAGAUAUGUGAAAUAACUAAGAUUAUUUUUUUUAAUUAGUCUCCUGUGGAGAAUGUUUCUUUACUUGUCAUUAAAGGUCAGUUAUUUCUGAAUAAAUGUGGAGGCUUUAUAGAAAGCUGCACAAUCUUAUAUCAUGAAAGUGGGGUGUUCAAAGGGGAAAGCUUCUCUCCUCUAUCCCCACUGUAUUUAAUGUGCCAAUAAUCUAAAAAUACACAUCAUUUUACAAGAAAAAAUGCUGCUGAUAGGCCUUUCUGUUGAGAAUACUUUCAACAUUUUGGCUGUCAUACCUAAAUGAUCAUUACAUUUUCUGUACUUUGUAAGAUAAGAGGUGUUUUUUGUUUUUUUUUUUUUUUUUUUUCUGUUUAAGCUCCAGCUUAAGUUAUUUAAAGAGGACAUUUGUGUUGUGAUUUCAUUUUUUGACACUACAUUGUUGAUGUUCUCACAGGUCUAAGAAGACUGUAUUUUUAAAAUUGGUUAUAAUGACUAGUUGCAUCCCUACAUCCUCUGUAAAUGUUUUUCCCAGUUGUAUGUGGAUAACUACAGACAUAUAUGUUGUAUAUAUUUGCCAUUUCUGGUAAAAGUAUAUGUAGUGAUUUUUCAGAAAGAAUUUCUGAUUUCCUAUUCUUACAAUAAUUAAUGUAUUUCCUUGUCACCUUUUCAAAAUAAUGCCUUUAAAAUUUUUUUUUAUACAAAUUGACUCUUGGAAGCCUUAGACUAGUUUCUUAUAAAAUGAACACUAUAAAAAGAAAUUGAGUAAAUUGAGAUGUGGCCUUAAGUAUAACAUUUAUGUUUCUGAUGUAAAACUUCUGACAUAGACCAAGUGAAAUAUUCAUUGUAAAAAGUUCAGAAUAUCUUUAAAAGUGGUAGAAAAAAUGAAGAAACAAUUUUGUCUAGGCUUCUAGGAGGAAAUUCUUAUACUUGUCUUUCCUAGCAUUGGGAAGAAGCAACGUGGAUUUUUAUGAAUAUUGAAAAUAUUCAGGUAAUUGUGUUACACUUAUCCUACUUGGAUUGAUUUAGUGUUUGUCUUAACCAUUGUUUCUUAUUUAGACCUUUGGGUGGUUGAUGUUUGCUAUUUCAAUGUGCAACACUUGAAACUGCUUGUUUUUUCUAUGUGGGAAAUAUAUACUUGGUAUAGACUGAGAAUACUAGAAUUAUUUCCUACUCCACUGGGCAUUUGUGAAAAGAAAUCUUUAGAAAUCUGACUUCUGGUAGAACCAAUUUGAAUGAAGUCACAAAAGUUCCCCCAAAAGGCCAUUUUUAUUGUAUUAAAUAAGACCAAGUUUUCCACAUGAAUAUAUCAUAUAGCUCCAUUUUGAAUUGAUGUCUUAUUGUUAAGUAUUUUAUAAAUAGAUAGAUGCCUGCAAUUAGUAUAAAGGAUGUUUUUGAACACUGGUUUUUAUUGUCACAUUGUUGCUGCAUAACACUCUGGCGUUCCAUGUUACAUGAUUUGAAAAUAUUUUGAAAAAAAUAAUGGUAAAUUCAUUUUGCUUGAUGGUGUGUUUCAAGGAAAAACUAUAGUACUCAGGUGGUAAAUAAAGGGAGAGAAGAUUCUCUGUAGUAAAUAAUCAUUUUAAAGAAUACAUCUAACAUUGAUGACUAGCCUUAAAAGUUACUUGUUUAUCAUUAUAUUGUCACCUUGGCCCAGGUUGUAUAGAAAACUGAUAGUGGUACUGUACAACCAUAUCAAAUUUUAGUGUGAUUUCUGUUACAAGUCCCCUAACAAAAAAUUGUACCCCAUGUAACCAGUGUCUAUUUGAAUUCCUGAAUAAGAGUUUGUAAAUAAUAAUACCAGCAGGCCAAAGAAAGUCAUACAUCUUUAGCUAUUGAAUAUAUGGUGACUUCAUAAGAUGUCUGUGCAAAGGUAAGGUGGUAUUUGAUAAAAUGGACAUCGUUUUAAUGUCCAGGUGAACUAGACUUUCAGAUUUAGCUUCUUUGAAAUCUCAUUCCAUUUUUUAAAAAGUGUUUGUAGUUGGAAUUUUGUGUUAAUGUCCACUUUCCAUCUUUACUUUUCUUUCUUUUGCAUUUAGGUAACUGUUGAGCAGUUUGCUAUAUGGCCUUUGUUGGCCUUAAACUGCAGUAGUAACAAGCAUGGUAUUUAUCUUGUAUUGAAAUAAUAAAAUACAGUUUUGAUAAAUA